AUGAAGAACGGCCCUAUGAAAAUAAUAAAAGUUCCAGAGAGCUUCAUUCACAAAAAUGACAGGCUGACGAAUGAAGAGGAUGUGGUGGUCAUCAGUGCGGUUAAGGUGCCUGUAGAUUACAUCGACGUGCACAGAUUCGUCCAUCAGACGUACACCGGGAUGCUCAAGUUGGAUGAGUACAAGAAAAUUGUGUUCAAUUUAUUGAGAAUGGGAGAAGAUGUUCUAUUCUGCAUAAAUCAAUAUCCAGAGAUGCACGAUAGGAUGCUGAUAUACGUCAGUGAAGCAUUUGAACAGAAUGAGAGUGUUCAAACGGUCUUAGUUUGUCUUACACGUGGUGAUAUGAGCGAGGUUGAAAAAUACAUGAAUUCGAGUAUAAAAUAUGAGCCAAUUGAACGGGUUUCAUUUGGCCUGACUGGAAAAAGGAAGCGAGUGAAGAGAAUAGUCAACGAAGAGCUGGUACUCAGCGAUGACGUCAUUCCAACGUACAACUCGUUCUAUUAUAAGUACAAAUUGAUGCUCUAUUUCAACAGUAAGAAGUACAAAUUCAUCAAAAAGAUGCUUGAAACCACCGGAAAAGCGAAAACGUGCAUUUUGGCGAAUACGCCUGAAUUUGCCAGGGCAUUGGGCGUAGCCAACUUCAGAAAUGUGAAGAAGAAGGAUGAAUACGCGUGUUUUGUGGUGGAUUACGACGAAAAUGUGGAUUUGAAUGAGUUUCAGAAGGUCUAUCUCUUCGACGAAGACUGUAAUAUCGAAGACAGGCUUCUGAAAAUAGAAGGGCUCUCAAUCAAGACGAGUGAAGUAGCAAGUGACACGAUGAUCGAGUUCCUGGAAAACAGACCUGAUCUAAUACGACAAAUCAAGAGAUACCUGGAAGACAGUGACUACACGAAACCAAUAUUUCUGGAAUGCAAUGAUCAGGUGGUAGAGGAGAUUCAGAAUCAGCUGGAAGAGCAGAUUGAGGAUGAGACAAGUGACCAGGAUGUUGUAGUUGGUGAGUUUGUGCAGAUCACAGACAAAAUACAGCAACUGAAAUGUGAUUUUGAUACAAUCGAAACAGUGCGAAUUGGAAGUGCAUUCUUCCCAAUGAAUUAUUCCAAGGGUCUUUUGACGAAGGUGCUUCAGGGACUCAAAUUGAACCUGGGAAACUUGGAAUUUCAUGUCCAACAAAUUGAAUACUUGGAGGAGUUCAGAACCACUGGCACCUACUACGGCCAGCCUCUCAAUGCAUCUGACUUCUACUUCUGCCGAAUCUCAGUUGGAUCCAUCUUCGAUAAGCGAUUUGAGUCAAAGCAUCACAUCAAGAAGAAAGACUGUGUAAACCAGACAGCUGUUGAAAUACUGCAAUUCUUCUACGAAAACAGGAUUGUAAACCAGCACAUGCAACCGCAACUUGCUGAACUCUACGCUACGCACAAGAAGAUCCCACUUGAAUCUGCUGAAAAUGUUGAAUUCCUUCUCACUGAAUACAACGAGACACUCUUUGAGAAGAUCGACAUUCUGCUUCAACUGCAAUAUAAGACGUGUGACCACCUACAAAUCCAACGAAUCAAGACGAAAUUCAUAGACGAAGCAAUUGAAGGAUUCAAGGAAAAGAUGCUUGAGGAAAAAGGAUUCCUUCGAUUCAGUUACGAAGGACUAAGAAAAAAGAGUCUUAAACAGUUUGAGAAGAAGCAGCAAAUCAACGUAGACGAGUUGUGGUCAAGAAGGGAUAUGGUUACACGGGCAAAGGCAGAAGAACAGCAGUAUACGACACUAUUCAACAGCAUGUUUGAAUCAUUCUGUAGCAAAACAGAGGAAUACACGCUUUACGCAUUCAAAAACAGUCAGGUUGGGAUAUUGACGAAUGGAUUCUUUGAAGGAGAGUGUAGCAAUGGAAGCAAUAGCGUAGUUUCACUCUCAAAUAGCAUCAAACUAGAUCCAGAUCAAGUGCACUUACUCACUAUCUUCCAAUACAUCUUUUUUAAGGAUAUUGGAACAUCUCAAACAGCCCUUGAAGAAGGCGUGAAGAAGUUCCACUACUACGCAGUUCCAAUCAAAGAUAAUCAGGUUGAUUUCGAGUACGUGAAUCAGAUAUUUGACAACUUCAUGUUGGAUUCACUCUACAAGGAAGUAGAUGAUACUGUUGAUGAUAAUAAGAGUGGAUUGGAUGAAAUCAGUUUAGUAACAGAAUCAAAUAGAACAGUAAGCAUAAAUAAGGAUGAUAGUGUAACAAACACAAUAAACGGCCUCUUCACGAAUGAGGAGCCAGAUGGCCAGUUGGCAGGUUCAGAGUGUUUGGAGGACGGCGUAGAGGAGUUUGUGAAGACGAAUCUGCUCUGGAACGUGAAGACGAAGACAUUUCUGGUUUGGCACAGUGAAAUCGAUAUUUGCCUAGAAUCCAAAAUUUCAGGUGAGUUCCACAGGGACUACGUGAGAAACCUGUCGAAGAUUGUAUCGGAAGAGGAGACAUUCUGUGACUACUUCCAGCGAUAUCUCAGUGUGAAACUGAUGAACAAGCGUGGAAGACACCUCUUUCUUGGAACAAAACUCAGUAGCCUAAUUAAGCAUAAUGGAAGCAAUCAACAAACAAAUUUCGGAGUAUCAGGCCACAGACUCCUUCCCAAGGAAAUGGUCGUCAUUACGCCAAUCAGCAGGGAGAUUGUUGCUGAAAUGUGCCACUUUGUCCCCAACUUCCACUUCCUGCAGUCUGUCUACCUGGUUGAAGACUUCAUGGACAAAUAUGUCCGAAUUGACGACACGUCCCUCAUGCUCCGUGCUCUGACCAAGAGCAGCGAGCCCGAUGCAAACUACGAGUGCCUUGAGUUCCUUGGCGACUGCGUCCUCAAGUUCCUGCUCACAUGCUUCACUCUCCUGAAUAAGAUCCAAAUCAGCCCCAAAAAUGAGAUUGACUCCAAACACCUCUUCAAACAGUGCAUUGAGUUCAAGGACUCCACCAUCACCAACGCCUUUCUGAGCCAGAAAUGUGUUGAAUCCAACAUCCACCGCUACAUCCAGCUCCAUCGAUCCAAGAAGGAGUUUCAGGCGCCAUUUCUUGAUAAAAAUGAGACCCAUCAACAGUCACAGGAAUACAUGGCCUAUUUUGGAGUCACCAACAACUUCAACACCCGCGUCAUCCUGAACGACGGCCUCUUCAUCCAGGACGAAAGUGAGAUCAACAAAAUGCACGCUGACGUCAUUGAAUCGGUCAUAGGCGCCAUCUUCCUGCAGAGAAGUGGAUCCAAUCUCAGGCAGAAUCCACCCAUUUUCAGUCCCAUCCUCCACGUCAAAUCAACCAAUUUGUACCAGGAUGUCCUACAAGGCAUCCUCUCAUUUCUGCUUCAAAUUGGCCUCUUUGAUGGAACACAAAUCAACAUCGACCUCCUGAACAUGUUCAAGAGCGAUCUCCUCCUCUUCCCGUACCACGGCCUCCUCACUGAUCACCAGUCCACCCGAAUUGCUGAUCUGUUCCACUACACUUUCUCGAACCCUGGUCUCCUUGAAAAGGUCCUCGUCCACUCUGGCAACUCAAACGGCCUCUUUGGAUCGACCUUCUUCAACUUCCUCGAACUCAUCGGUGACUCAGUGAUGGACCUGAUGGUGGUUGAAAUGUGCUACUUCAAGGCAGAAUGCAGGAGACCCAUUGAUCUCCACUCCCACAAGAAGUCGUACGUAAACAAUAUCAGUCUCGGAAACAUCACCAAGAGACUUGGAAUUGACAAAUUGGCAACCAGAACGGCCCAGAUGUCAGAGAAGGCGUACGGUGACACCUUCGAGGCACUGAUGGGCGCAAUAUUCGUUGAUAUUGGAAUGGACGUGGAUGCAUUCAGUGCAUUUUAUAGGCAGAAUAUCAGGGCGUACGUAAUGGAUGAGCAAUUAGAGGUAGAAUACACGUAG